CCAAUGCCAUGACCCUCACACACAGCACAGCAACGAACAUACCUACACGUACUCGCCAUGGCUUCGCUCCGUACUGCAGCGAUGCUGCGUGCUGCAGCUGUACGGCCUGCACUGUCGCAGCGCGUCCCAGCCCUGGCGCGCUUCCAAACCACCGAUUCUGUCGCCCCGAACCAGCAGUCUCGAGACAACCGCCCAGAGUCGACCGACGCCGCACCAGCUGCACGAGCUUCGACAUCGAGUGUGACUAUCCGACAAGAAGGAGCGUCUGAGGGCCAACCCCGACACCAGCCUGAUUGGAAUGUGGCUGUCGACUACAGAACAUCCAACUUCUCCCCUGUCCCGCUUCGUGUCAUGGACGGCAGCGAGCCAGGCGUCGAUACACCGGCUGCUGUGCUUUCUGGAGCACCAGUCGAGCUGCAAGCACGCACCGUUCGCAUCUACAAACCCGCUAAGACCGCAACUCAAUCCGGCGACUGGACUGGUCACUCAUGGCGCAUGGACUGGGAUCCUCUCAGCAAAGGUCACCGCUGGGAGAACCCUCUUAUGGGCUGGCAAUCAUCUUCCGAUUUCAUGCAAGGCACACAUUUGAACUUCAACUCCAAGGAAGACGCCAUUCGGUUCGCCAACAAGCAAGGCUACGAGUACUUUGUGCAGGAGCCAAACACGAGGAAGUUCGUGCCCAAGGCUUAUGCCGAUCAGUUCAUCCACAGUCCGAAGAAGUUGAAGCAGGUGCGGACGAAGUAGAGUGCGGAAACCCUGCUUGCGCGUCUGCAGAGGCACCGAAAUGGGUCUAUAUAUAUCCUGUGGUAUUAACGAGAAGUUCACAUGUACCUGUACUGGUUUCACUCACCUAUCCACGAUCCUAUACAAGGGAACCAGGAUACGUUACGAUGCAAAGUGGCUAAACUUUGCGCGCAUUCACGAUUACCAGUGCUGCGUACUUGCACAGUGAUCUGAUGAGAUGGUAGAUGAUCAAACUUUGACAUUCUGCAUACUACAACAACCCAAGUAAGCUAAACAUUACAACAGUUCCGUACCCACAAUUGCGGCCUCUCACAGCACCG